AUGGCCGCGAUGGCCGAAAGUGCGCGCGAGACCGAACGGACGGAGCGCGAGCUGUUGGAGCGCGAGCCGUCGUUCGUGACUGCGCUUUCGCCCGUGUCGCUUGCAUCGAGUCCAGUCCAACAGCCUCUUCCGUCGGCGAUAGCCGUCGAAGGACGUGUGUUUCGUCGCUUGCAGCGUUUCCACUUGCUGCCGUCGGAGCUCAAGACGCAAAUCGACCUCGUGGCCACGUAUUUGCUGGCACCGAAAGUGCGUCACGACGUGUUUCUCCAGCGCACACACCGCUGGCAGCAUCCGGUUCACUUGGCACGCGCUGGACAGGGGACGUUCGUCCAGGGCCGCAAGCUGCUCAAGGCCAUUCUCGAGUACCUCUUGCUGUCGUUUGCGACCAACAACUCGCUUCGAGCUGCUCAGGAGCUCGCGGAAGGACUCGUGCUCAGUGGGUUCUUGUCGCCAGCCAACGAGGCGUCGAAAGCGGACGAGGAAGCGCUCGGCGAGCUCUACGUCUCGGACGACGGCUACUACGAGCUCGUCGCUCCUGGCGCCACAGCCAUUGCAGCCACACCGAACGUCGCGGCGUCGGCGACGGUCUACAGCACUUCCACGAGUUCAUUGCCAGGCGCUGUCGUCCUGCCGAUCCAGCAACGGCAGACACCAACGAGCGCUGCGAAGCCAUCGAGACGGACAACCCGUCCGGCCUUCUCGGUCUGGGCCGUGACCGACGGAGCUACGCGCGCAGCGUUCGUGCAGCGCGCACAGAAGCGCUUUCACGUGCGCAGUUUGAUUGGCAUGGCGUCGAAGCAGAGGCCGUGCUACGCUGUCGUGAACAAGACGAAGCACCACGCGCUGCUGCUGUUCCCGACGGACGUGGCACGACGUGAGCUCGCGCGGGUCGACCUCACGGCCGCGACGGUCGCGUACUGCGGUGCCGCUGCCUUGAAACUCAGCGGCCACGGCAGCAGCGACGACGACGAUGCCGUCGAAGUGCUCUCUUUGCAGACCAAAGCCGAGCGGGAAGUGUGGCUGCUCGCGCUGCUGGACGCGGGUGCGUUGUUUCUCGAGACGAAUGCUGCGAUCCUCUCGUUUGCAGCGGCGUCCGCGUCGCUGUAUGCGCUGCAGGACGUGGACGCCCAGGGCCGGACGUACAACUUGUCGGAGCUGCGUGGCCACGUGGCGCUGCUGGUAACUGUCCCGAACGGGUCGGGCAGCGCAGACGCCGAGCAGCUCUCGGAGCUCGCGGACCUGUCGACGGAGUACGAGCGCGCGGGGCUCAAAGUCGUGGCGUUCCCCAGCGCGCAGUUUAGCGACGCGGAGUUUGCCACCGACGAAGAGCUCGUAGCGCACUUUCGCGACGUGUUUCGCGUGACGUUUCCGGUGCUCGCUACGCGCGACGUGAACGGGCCGGACGCACGUGACGCCAUGGCGUUUUGCAAGACGCGUCGGCCGGGCGCGGUCGAGGCGGCUGCGAAUGCGUUUAUCGAGAACGACUUUGUCAAGUUCCUCGUCGGUCGCGACGGCCGCGUGGUCAAGCGGUACAUGCCCACCGACUCGCCGCGGAGCAUGGCGAGCGACAUUGAGACGCUCUUGGACGAGCCGUCGCGCCACUGA